UUAUUUUGGGGCGACACCAACUUCCGGACACGUGUCAAAAUAAAAUGAGGAGCAGCGGGUUGGAAUAACCCAACAAGCCCCGCAUAAUCACGCCAUGUGAGUCUUUUUUUGAAACACUGUGCUGCUCUCUCCGCUGCGAUAAUGUUAUUCAGAUUCGGUGUCAUUCUCACUCCGGAGUGCUCGGAUGUUGAGGUGUUUGUUUUGGGCUCCCGUCCGGAAAUGGGACACUGGGAGCCGAACCGGGCGGUCCCACUGACAGCCUCACACAAAGUCCUGUCCCAGCACGAGCCCUGUCUGUGGACCGGCGCGGUGCAGCUCGCGGAGCCGUACAAAGAGAGCCUGUGGUUCAAGUUCAUCAAAAAAGUCAAAGGCUCUUACAUCUGGGAAGGCAAUGGUCCCCACCAUGACAGGUGUUGUGUGUAUGAUGAGAAGAACGUGGUGGAUGGAGUGCAUUGCCACCCGAUCGGUCACUGGAUAGAGGAGACGGGCCACACAGAUGAGAUGAAACACACCACCAACUUUUACUUUGGUGUGGCUGGUCAAAAAGCCAUGCACUUCUCCAGGGUGCUGCCACGAGUGUGGCUGGGUAGCUGCCCUCGCCAGGUGGAACAUGUGACUCUCAAGCUGAAGCACGAGUUGGGUGUUACCGCCGUGAUGAACUUCCAGACCGAGUGGGAUGUAGUGAACAACUCCCACGGCUGCAGGCGCAACACUGGGGAAGCCAUGACGCCUGAGACCAUGAUGCAUUUGUACAAAGACUGUGGCCUGGUGUACGUGUGGAUACCCACGCCUGAUAUGAGCACUGAGGGGCGGGUCAGGAUGCUUCCCCAGGCUGUCUUCCUGCUGCACGGCCUCCUGGAGAACGGGCACACCGUCUACGUUCACUGUAACGCCGGAGUCGGCCGGUCGACCGCGGCCGUGUGCGGCCUGCUCAUGUAUGUGCUCGGCUGGAGUCUCAGGAAGGUGCAGUACUUUGUCACAUCCAGGAGGCCGGCAGUGUACAUAGAUGAGGAAGCUUUAGUGCAAGCCAAGGCAGACUUCAUCCAGAAGUUUGGACAGUUGCGAUCAUCUGUCUCUUUCCCAGAAAUAUGAGCACCAAGUCUCCGUGCUGCCGUAAAAAAUUGAUGUAGAAUUGUCACUCCUGGGAACUUGACUGGAAACUGUUGGAAAGAUAGAGUAAAACUAAAAAUGGUUUGAAGUUGAAAUGUGUGAGAAAAAAAAAGCAUCUGUAUAGUCAGCAUGAUCUAUAUGGAAGGUGCCAAAAGGUGAAAUAACUUCUUGAGAGAAAAUAAACUUCUUUGCACUUCGA